AUGAGUGCUAGUGGCAUGGAGCAGGCGAACACCAACGGCGGCAACCAGCAGUACAUGGAUGGCACGAUGGCGGGCCAGGGCGCCAUGCCGGGACAACCCGGUGAAGGAGCAGCAGGUGGUGGUACCGUUGAUGCGAACAAGGGCGCCGCGACCGAGCAGCAGCAAACAGCCGAGGAAAGAAGCGCCGAGAUGGAGAGAGAAAUAGCUCGCGAGGAUGUGUGCAGGUUAGCCUUCCGUUUCGAGCAGAAUACACUGAAUGCCCAUAGGCAAGAUUCACUUUCACAUGGUUAUUGA